AUAUUUUUUCAAAAAAUUUUUAAUUAUUAUGUAUUAUAAAUAUUAUUAUAUAUUAUAUAAUAUUUGUAAAUAUAUACAUCGCCUUUUCGAAAAGCUUAAAUAUUUUAAUUUAGUAUAUAAAAAUCUCAUAUAUAUAUAUAUAUAUAUAUAUACACAUAUAUAUAUAUAUAUAUAUCUUUUUCUUCUUUCUCAAAAAUUUGUAAAUAUUAUAUAUAAUAAAAUGUAAUAUAGGUAUCGUAUCGAUCUUCCGCCGUUUCUAAACAAACAUUGAUCAAACUGCGAAUCACAAGCAGUCCGACUCUUUCUCGUAUUCAUAUCCAUUAAAAAAGUGUGAGUUAUUUAUUGAAGUUUUAAACAUUAUUCAUACAUAUUUUUUCUUUCUGAAUAAUGAAUAACAUGCGAAAGAUUUUAAUAAAAAAGAUUCUACAUGAAUGUAAUAGUAAUAAAAUACACGUGACCCACGACAUAGUUUCCUUCUUGCUAUCGCUGACACAAUUAAAUCCAGUUUAUCAACUGAUCGACGAUGACGAGAUAAGUCAUAAGAAAUUAAUCGAAGUAAUAAAAGAAAAAUUGCAAGAUCAAAGUAGACCAAGUUUAACGACGUUAAAGAAUCAAUUAUAUUAUGCUAAACAUUAUCGUGAAAGAGAUGAGAUAAUCAAAAAACAUAGGAUAAGUCUUCAUCGUAAAACGACGCCAUUGGUUACUGAAAUUUGUGAAACGGAUAAAAUUGAGAAUGAUCAAGAAGUAGAGAAACUCUAUCAGAAAAUAAUCAUAGUUAUUACUCUUUUAAGUGGACUUGGUAAUCCUGCAGUAACAAACACUUUACGAGAAGUAACUGCAACGUUGCAAAGUGUAUUUCAACCAUCCGAAUUAUUAAAUUAUGUAAAACUUCCUAUACGCGAAAAGGAGGAACAACUUAUGGAAUUGAUGUGUAUUGUUGCCGGCAUACGUUUAUUUAAUCGCGAUUGCGAACGUGGCGGAAAAGAGAUCGAUGAUCUUCCGAGUAUUUUACAAGAUGCUGUUAAAAAAACAUACGACGAUAUCCUUGAAUUAUUAGAACGAUUAAUGACGAAAGUUUAUGAAUUUACUGCAACAGUAGAAAAUAUCAUUUCUUUCGUUUUGGUCGACGAAGAUUACAACGACGACAUUUGUUACUCGACUAUAAACAAAAUAAUUUUACCUGAGAAUAUCAAAAAAGAUAAUUACGAACGAGUUAUUGAAAUUUUAACGGCGUCACGCCAACAAGAGAUAUAUAUAAAAUUACUUUCCGAUGUGGAACACAGUGGUAAUAUUAUAAAAAGUUUAAUAGAACGUCUUCGACAACGUUUGAUGAGACUUCAUGAAACGAUGCGUUAUAGAACAGCCAUUCCAACGACUCAAGUCUAUCCACAGUUCAUCGACCUAGCAGAUAUAUGGAUGGGAUUGCAGGAUGAAGUGAUAAUAUUAAGUAAUAUUAAUAAUUUCCUUUGGGAGAUACAUAAUUUAAAUAUUAAGAAUGUAAAUGUGUACGAUCAAGAAAUAUUCAAGGAUCUAAUAAUAAAAAACGUAAACGUAUUAACGGACGCUGAACGUCUCGAACUGACAAUGGGCAAACCGAUAAUAAAUUGUGGUGAUUGUACUCUUUAUUAUCCGAACACUACGAAGGACUUUGAUAAAAUUGAUUUGGAGUUUCUCGGCUUUUGCGCUUGGAUGUUCGUCACGGGGAAAGGAGCUUUGAUUCCAGCAAAUCCCAACAAUGGGGUUGCUAAAUGGCGAGGGAGGUAUUAUGCUUUCAGUUCUGCAGCAGCUGCUCAUCAUUUUGGAAAGGAACCAGAUAAAUACGUUCACGAGGCUCUAAAUUUCGUGAGGGAUCACAUAGAGUACAUUUAUCUAUUUCAAAUGUACGAGGAUAUUGAAACUAUGAAAACUAAAAAAGAGCUGACAGAAGACGAAUUAGAAUUAAAAACUUGCCAGGAUCAGACAGUUCAAACCGAUACGCAUAUUUUACCACCGUCAAUAGAAAAUACAAAUUACAUUUGGAAUGUUUGGGAACUUAGAAGAAGAGCUCUCUCUUUGGCGAAUAUAGCAAAGUGUGCGACAAAAAGCACGCAGACUCAUAUGUCACACUUUAGAAGCGGUGCCUGCGUGCAAGCAGCACCACCAAAGGACAAGGAAGUUCAAACUAAACGAGAUAACUAUAUGAACACGAAGAAACUUCUCACUUAUAUUUUUGGAUUACGAGGAAGACGCGACAACAACCAACACGUUCUCUCUUUCCUGGAAGAGGAAUUUGAACACUUAUAAAGCGAACACUUAGACCUCCUUUUUAUUUUUAUUUCUUUUUUCUUUUUCCUUUAUCGUAAUAAAACUUACAACAAAUCGCCGUGUAAAAGCGUCGGUGUUUUCAUACAAAACAGACAAGAAUUCGUCAUCGUGUCACCGUCAUCGUCAUUGUCAUCGUCGUCGAUUGAUCGAUUGAUUGAUUUUACAGUUUAUUCAAAAUUACGGGAUGAGAAGAAGGUACAUUAUAUUAACGUAAAAAUAAAUUUGACGAAAAAUACUUUUUUAAAAAAAAUGAAAGCAAUACUUUUUAAUGACACGUUUUUAAAUACAUUCACGGAACAGUACGUUGUCUCGAGCCAUGUUUUCUCUUAGAGAAAGAAAGAGAGAGAGAGAAAGAGAGAUAGAGAGAGAGAUAGAGAGAGAGAGAGAGAGAGAGAGAGAGAGAGAGAAA